GUGAAAUAUUUUCCCAGAGACUGACGGCGGCUUGUCAUUGGUCGCCAGAUUCCGUCCCGGCUUCUGAUUGGUUGACCCGCCAUCGACCAGGCGCUCCAGUGCCAAUCAGAAGCGUUUAUUCUCUCAGGGCGGAGCCAGUUGCAAGCAAAGUUUCCUGUGAAUGCUGGAUCACCCACAGCCUGGUAGUACUCUGGAUCAAUGUUGCCCGCCAAUGAGAAAGCCGCAAACGGGAAAGUCAGCAAUUUCGGUUGGCUGGAAGCUAAUGACGUCAGAGUCGAAGAAGCUGCUAGCACGAGAAGCGUCGCUGGAUGCCUGCGAGGCGGGCGGGUCAGGUGGGACUGUCAUCCCUGGAUGGUAUAAGGGAGAUGAAGAGCCGGGAACCAAUAUGUCUGCUGUCAGGGCCACUCGGCACUACAAUCAGGGCUCGCUCUCUCAUUGGUGGGCUCGCCGACCCUCCAGCACCCUCGGCGAGUGCACAAGUCGGGCGAGAAAUAGAUUCGACGGUAUACAUCAGCGCCAUUAAGAGCACUGUCAAUUCCAGCAGACAGGGGGACCCCCGUGGCCCAGUCAGAAUUUCAAUUUUUACCCCGUGAGCGUCAGUCCUUCGUGACAGAGGACAAAAAGUGGAGGUUGAGAGGCAUUAUGGCGGAGGCAUUGGUGGGCCCAGCUGCAGCAGUACCUCGCCAGGGCGGAUGUGGUCAGGUGGCACCUCCGUACGCUGAGUUCUUCACCUCGCUGCCCCAGAGCCACACCCCCCCGGCACAGUAUCCCUAUACCCACCAGCAGCCGGGGCGGGUAGAGGUGGGUAGCAGCAGUAACAACAACACCAACACCAACGUAACCUCUUGCCUGAGCCAGCUGGGGCAGGUGGUAAAUCAGGUCAAUACCCCGACCUCCCUACAGCUGGGUGACUACAGCGGUGCCUUCACAGCUGGUGUGACGCCCCAGGUGGCAGCAGGUGGCGCAGUGAGCACCAGCAGCACCAGCAGCACCUGCAGCAGUAGCAUCAGCAGGCAGGCAAGCAUGCAGCAGCAGCAGCAGCAGGCAGCCUACUGUGAGGACGAGGAGCUGCCUUCCUGUGCCUUCGCUCAUCCCCACUUGCACGGCCUGCCCUUCCUCGUGCACGGUAAACAAGUUGAAGAAGGAAUACACCCAAGGGGGGUCCCUUAUCGGGUUCAACGACACGCAGCCAAAUAUCGGGGAGAGGAAAGUAUGCUCGGUGAUAUAAACUCAGCCUUCGAGGAGCUCAGGACUCACGUACCGACCUUUCCCUACGAGAAGCGACUCAGUAAGAUCGACACUCUCCGCCUGGCUAUCGCCUACAUCGCGCUCCUGAGAGAGCUGCUCACCUCUGAGCUCGACCCCGUCACCCACAUCGAGAAGGGUCUUCGUGGGGAGCUCUCCUCUGACCAGUGCCACUUGUGGAACACCAGCGAUUUGACUGCUCGGCUCUCGUGGAUCAAUUGGGAAAACCUGGGAGUAAGUCCCAGUAGACGCUCCAUCUUCUCCUCCAUCUCGCUGACGUCAGACUCCAUCAACAACUGAUCCCAAUGAGGGAGAAGACAGAAGCUGGAAGAAAGACGUCACACAGGAGAGAAACACAUCAGUUGGGAGUGUACUAGAGAAACACCCAUCACUAGUUACAUAAGUUAAAAAUACCUUAGUGACGCAAUACAAGAGACAUCUGUUAUUGGAACUGUUAUUGGCGUUAUGCAGGUGAAACAUGCCAGUUUGAUACGUAAUACAAAAGAAAGAUGACAGUUUGAGGAGAAACACGCUUAUUCGUAACAUCAUGCAGGAGUGUCACUUAUGUCAAUAAUUAAAAUACAGUACCAACUCAGGGAGAAGUUUAGACGCGGUGAAGGAGACAACACCCGUCUACGACACAACAUGUAGUUAAGCAACACCUGCUAGUGGCAUCUCACAUAAAAAAUAAUGUUAAAUAAAACAUAUGCGAGGAGUCACGAGUGUAGAGAGACAGAUACACAACACACUCUUCCCGUAAGAUAAAUUCUCUGUGUUGACUACAGGGAAACACAGCACUCACGCUUGUGUACUAAACUCUCAUUUACCGUUGCAGAAAAGUUUCCCGAGAUUGUCUUUGUUAAUAAUGAAUUUUUUUUCUGAGAAAAGCAGGGUGGAUUUAUAUCAAAUUCAUAAAGCAGAGAUGAGUCAUUUUCAUAAUUCAUAAUGUGGUAUUAUAUCUCACUGUCUCACUAACACAACGUAACGUGGAGACGUGGCAGGAAAGUCUCGAGAUUAUAUAUAUAUAUAUGUCGUGCCGAAUAGGUAAAACUUGCUUAAAUAGCAAUUCUCUUGCCGAAUAAGGCAAACGAAAAAUUUGUGUAUGCAAUAAUUUCGCAAAAAUCACUUUGAACCUAACGAAAAAAAUAUAUUUCAUUGUGUUUGUUAAUUAUUAAAUUACUGUAAACUUAUCUAAAAUAUAUUUAGUUGGAUUAGGCUAAAUUAAAUUGCGCUUGUUAUAAUAAGGUUAGGUAAGUUUUCUAAGGUUCUUUUAGUAUAAAAAUUAUUAAUUUUUACAUUAGCAUAAAUGAAAAAUAUAUAUAUAAAUCUUUAAACGUAUAACAAAAUUUUAGAAAGGACUAAAUUUUAAAUGAGUUCUUGAUAAUUGACUAGUUUUACCUAUUCGGCACAACAUAUAUAUGUGGAAAUAGGGAAAGAAAGAUAAAAAAUUCCAUGGAAGGCAAAGAUGUAUAUGGAGUAAGAACAUCAUGACUGGUACUUCAACCAUCAUUAUCUAAAUAUUUCCGUAUAACUCUAUCAUCAGGUGUCCCACCAAAAAAAAAAAAAUAUUUAUAAAUAUUUCCUUAGUAACUCUAUCAUCAGGUGUUCCACAAAAAAAUAAACAUUUAUAAACACAGAUCCUAAGAUCACGAAAUCUUAAUUAAUGCAUACUGAAAGUUAAGUUACAACGUUAACAACAAAAUAUCUCAUAACUGUUCAUUGUUACACAGAGCAACUUUGCAAUAUACAGACCUAUUAUUCAGCGUCUCUGUUAGUUUAAAAUAUUAUUCAUGUCGGACUUCAGUCUUUUUAUAGUUAACAAAUGUAUGUGGUGGUUGUAAAACUGUGUAUAGUGUAAAACAAGUUAUUAGAUGAACCACAAUACAGUGUCAUAUGUCAACACACUGUGAAGCCUCAAGGCUCACAGUAGACGUGAACUCCCUCACUGUGUCGAUCUUAGACGGAGGAGCUGGAUAAAGUGGAGUGUCUGAACAGUGUUAGAGACAAACUUUCCUUGUGUAACAUUGAACAGUGUUAGAGACAAGCCUUCCUUGUGUAACAUUGAACAGUGUUAGAGACAAACCUUCCCUGUGUGGCAUUGAACAGUGUUAGAGACAAACCUUCCCUGUGUGGCAUUGAAC